AUCUUGUCGAGCUCAGUCGGAAACCAGCUGCCGAGCAGUGAGGGAUGGUGAUGAGGACGAGUGACCAGAUGUGUUAGACGAAGGGUUUUUUUAAUGCGCUUCCGAGCCCGACUGCCGCUACGUGCGAGAGGCUGUGCGAUAGCAACUGCGGAACCACGGCAACAACCAUCGCGGGACUUGCGAAAAGGUCCGGUAAAUCCGGUUGAAAACCUUGAGCGGAGGAGGAGCUGCGGAGGAGCGGAAAGAGGAGGCGGAGGAGGUAGAGGAGGAGGCAGUGGCGAAGAGAUCGCGGAGAAGGUUCUGGCGUGAGGCUUGACGGAGACGACGAACUUUUCGGCUUCUCAUCGACGGAAAAGGCUUGACUGCUCGGUUGGUGAGAAGAGAGAGAGCGAGCGAGCGAGCGUGUGUGUGUGUGUGAGAGAGAGAGAGAGGAGAGAGAGAGAAAGAAGCGCACCGGCGAAAAUCAACUUCGCGGGAGUAUAAUAUAUAUUUUGAGGAGAAGGAGGAAGAUUUUGAAGAAAAAGCGGUGGAUGACCGACCGAGAGAAAGUGCAGUGUCAAAGUCUGUGAUAGAGUAUUUAUUCAAAAAAAACCAACACACAAAACAAUAACAACGUCGUUAUCAGAGCACCUGUGUCAUCGUUGUUCGUCGGAAAAAGGAACAAUCGCGCGAAGAAGAGAUAUAGAAAAUAGGCUUUAUAUAUUUAUUUGUAUCUGUGAUAUCGACGCUGAUAUAUAUCGACCAUCUUUGUGAAGAGCAGAGAGCAGAGAGAGAGAGAGAGAGAGAGUGUGUGAGAGAGUGAGAGUUAGGAGAGAGAGAGAGAGAGAGAGAGACGAACAACGCGAAAAAAAAAACGAAAUCGGAGAGGUGGAUCGCUUCGAAGGAAGAUUAUAUCAGUAUCUUAGUGGAUAGACUUUUUGUAUAUACGACUGACUCUUUUUUAUAAUUAUUGCUACGAGCAGUACCGAGUUACAAGAACAGAAAAAAAAAAACCCAGAUCUCUCCGACAGUGGUGAGGCAGAAAGUUCUCCAGGAUCUUUCCCGGACGGUCAUCCGUAAGAACGCGAGGAGUACGUGAGAAGGCAACCAUGGUGGAGAAAAUUCUGGAGGAGAGAGAGGACGGCAAUCAGGAGGCUGGACGAGUCGACGGCACCUGCCGGGAUGUAACAUCAACGGUGGAGUCUAUGAGCGCGGUGCAAGCCCGUCAGGAAGAAGCGAGACGCAAAAGACGCAGAAAGCGACGUUCCGGCUCGUCCGUAGUGUCUUCCUGCUUCCAAGAAUUAUACAAACUGACCGGAGAAGUGCUUGGGGAGGGCGCUUACGCCUCGGUUCAGACUUGCACCUCCCUCUACACCGACCUCGAAUACGCUGUGAAGAUCAUCGACAAGAUCCCUGGACAUGCACGUGCCAGGGUGUUCAAAGAAGUUGAGACGUUCCAUCAUUGCCAGGGUCACCCGAACAUCAUACAGCUGAUCGAAUUCUUCGAAGAUGAGGAGAAGUUUUACCUUGUCUUCGAAAAGAUUAACGGUGGCCAAUUAUUGAACAGGAUUCAGGAACGGAUUCACUUCACUGAGAGGGAGGCAAGUCAAAUUGUCAAGGAGAUCGCGAGCGCGCUCGACUUUCUUCAUAAGAAAGGAAUUGCCCAUAGAGAUCUCAAGCCCGAGAACCUCUUAUGCGUUUAUCCAGACAAAUUGACGCCGAUCAAGGUGUGCGACUUCGAUCUUGGAUCAGGUAUCAAGUUCAACAAUUCGAUGUCUAGUCCUGUUGCGACGCCACAGCUUCUGACGCCGGUAGGUAGCGCCGAAUUUAUGGCGCCGGAAGUGGUUGAGGCUUUCAUCGGCGAAGCCAAUUACUAUGACAAACGUUGCGAUCUUUGGAGCCUCGGCGUUAUCAUGUACAUCCUAUUGUGCGGCUACCCGCCUUUCUACGGGAACUGCGGCACCGAUUGCGGCUGGGGCAGGGGAGAGAAUUGUCAAGCUUGUCAGGAGCUGCUCUUCACUAGUAUUCAGGAGGGCAGAUAUGAAUUCCCCGAUAAGGAAUGGAGAUGCAUUUCCGAAGACGCGAAGGACUUGAUCAGAGGUUUGCUCGUUAAGGAAGCUCAUCAGAGGCUCAGCGCCGAUAGUAUUUUGAAACACCCUUGGAUUACUCCCGGCCCAACUUCCGUCGAAAAUGGUGAUCGAUUGCUUACUACACCUCAUAUCAUAAGGAGGAACAACUCCGCUAGAGAACUUUCAGCGUUCGCUGAGUCUGCAAUGGCUGUGAAUCGUGUGGUGCUUCAGCAUUUCUCAUUGAACCUCGAGGAGUUAGCGGAAAAUCGGGAGCCAAGAUUAUCCACAUCGUCGACCGACGACGACAAUCACCCGUAUGGUCGCAUGUCCGACUCGAGCAGCGAAUUGUCUGAGAACAGCAAGCAUUUGACGACGCAUUCCUCUAGUGAGUUUGACGGAACGCGACAGAAGUCGUGCUCCGUACACUCAAGCGUCGACUUGAACGACUCCAAGAUAAUUGGCAAGAAUCGCAUUGUGGGCAAGGAUUCGCUGCAAAAUUACUUUGGACUGUCACCGCCAAGCGAGAGCCGUUUGAUGCAACGCCGUUUGAAGACACGCUCGGACCUGCUUGAACGUCAAAGCGGCAAAGCGGUAAUUGCUUCUCCAAGUGGCUGAGAGGUUGCUGUUGUACCGAUCAUUCUUUCUUGCUACAGUAUCACUUGUCUCUUUGUAGCUACAUGAGAAUGCGAACGAUGUACAAUACUUUUUCCAACGGCUUAGAAAGCUAACGUAGCAUAAGUCGAGUCUCUGAUUCUGCGCAGAAAAUGAGAGAACAGGCUCAAUCAUUUACGAUAGUGACGACAGCGAUAAUGAUCGACAAGUAAUUCGUCGCGAAAAAAAAAAUAAUAAUCCGUAAUAUAUUGUCGUUAUUUUUCCCUUUUUUUUGAUAGUUAUAUGAGCUUUGUUUUGUUUUAUUUAAAUUUUUCCUUUUAGCAGAGAUCAGUUUAGCGAUAAGCAGAUUGUUCUUAUUUCCAACAUAAAAAUCUCAUUUCCAUCUCUUCAUCUUCUUGAUUUCAAAUUAAUCAGUAACGCGAAUAGUUAUGUAUUAACAUAGCAUAACUAUUAAAGUAAUAUUGUGUAAAAAAAAAAAAAAAAAAACAAAUUAUAAAACAAGAGUUUAUACAUACAUAUAUAUAUAUGUUUUUCUUUAGAAUAAAAAUACCUUACAAAUUUAUUAAAUUAAAAUAGUUAUGCGAGGUACUUGAAAUGUUGUACCUCGCAAAAAUCUGUCGGUCACAAGGACGAUACUUGAUAUAAUUGGAAUGUGGAAAAAAAAAAAAAAUUGUAUUGCAGUUUGACUUCGUCCGUCGACACGUUGCGCGCCACUCGCGCGCAGACAACUUCUCACUAGUUUUUUCUUUUUUUUUUUUCUUUUUUUUUUGGAAAUAAAAACAAAUCUGAUUUCAUUAAUGUCGCAAGUUUUCACUGUGUGCUUUUCAUUUCUCUCACGCAGUUCUUUUACAUCGCAUAUGUAACAUAUAUGCUUGGAAAAUAUACUAUUCAUCCGUAAAAUUUCACGUACACACGGUAAUGAGUUCAAGCGAGUCGACACUGUAAAAAAUAUCCCGAGGAUGAUACAGGAAGCACGUUGAUGCAUCAAUCAACUGACAAGAUCUUAUUCCUUUUUGCUACGCAGUAAUGUACAUACGUUGCAAGAUACACGCGCGCGUUCAUGUGUAGACGAAUUAAAAAGAAAAUAAGAUGUAAAAAACAAAAACAAAAAAAAAAAAAAAACAAAAAAAAAACCGGAAUGAAAAAUCGAAAUCCUCGUGAUAAUUGAUGCGCUGCCGAACGAAUGAGUUUUGUUACGUAAAUAUAUUUUUAUUUCAUCGCUGAAUCCUUGAAAUAAAACAGUCAAGUUAGACGCAACCGACACAAGGCGAAAAACAAUGUUCCUUUUAUUGCUAUUUUGAUAUUCUUUCGAGUAUUUGCGAGCCAUAAUAUCCUCAAAUAGAGCAAACGAGGAGUGAGAAGCGUCUUGGUCCACAGGUGCAAAUUACAGUUUGCUCAUUAUUAGAGUAAUAAAAAAAAAAAAAACGCGAUAGAUCGUAAGUCACAGCGAGAUUUCAAAGCAAAACACAUUCGAGAAACAUAAAUUAGAAAAUUACGCGGAAAUAGAUUUAUAGACGGAGAGUGUAACUGGUUGAUGUAACAUUUCUCAGCUGUUAAAUCACGAGAUAUCGUUUAUUGAUUGGUGUUGUAUGGGGUUUUUUUUUGUACAAUUUUAUUGACUAAAAGUUUAUUUUAACGGCAAUCCACCCGUGCGGUGACACGAUACUUUAUACAUUUACAAAUUAUUUAUUUCUAAUUUUUUUUGUUAUGCCAUGUUUUGUCAUUUAUGAAAUUUUGAUUUUAUUUAGAUAUUUGAAUGUUUAAUUAUUGGUAUGUACUUUCUUUCCCUCUAUCAAUUUAUUACAGUCUGUCUAUGAUUAAAAAAAAAAAAAACAAAAAACAAAAAAAAACAAAAAAAUGAACGAGAACUACUCGAUGAACAGAUUUUUUACUCAGGGCAGCUGGGAAAAUGGUAUGCAUGAUUAUUCUGCAUUAAGCUUGUACAAGUCGGGAACGGGAGAGAUCGGGAGAGAAAGUGUAAGGGAGAUAUUUAUAAGAUUUUUGCUAGAGCGCAGUCCUUCCACAGAAAAAGAAAAAGAAAAAAAAAAGAAAAAAACAGUGGACGUCGGUGUUUGUAAUUCAUUUUUUCGGAUCACAGAGUUUCUCGUGUGUGUAAAAUUGUACAAAUUCUCUAUUCUGGAAGGCUGCACACGCAGGGAGUAACACGCGUUUGUACAUGUUUAUGGUUUCAUUAUUAGAAACUUUCUUAGGAAGUCAUUCGCUUGCUGUAGAACAUGGCGAACAUGGCUUUUUGUCAACUUCUGUCUUCUUUCUACUUUGUAAGUAACCCGAUAAGGUAAAAAGAUAUUAGUCUUUUUAGCGCGCGUGGAUGAGAUUAUAUAAAAAAAAUAUAUAUAUAUAUACAUAUAUAUAUAUAUAUAUAUACAUAUAUCUCUAUGCAUAUAUAUACAAUGAAAAAUUCGUGUGUAGAAAUAAGAAAGCUAUGAUGUUAGAAGUUACGGAAAGCAAUAUAUUGUGCGGACUCUCUUAUUAAGGAAAUGAAGAAAUAUGUGUGUAUGUGUGCUGGAAGAAAUUAUCGGCCUCUUUGCGCAAAGCCAAAAAUUGUUUGUUCCUUUGAUUAUCGUUCUUGGUGUGUAUGUGUGUAUUCUUGACAAACGAUCUUUUUCACCUGAAACAAAACCAAUCAUUUUUACGAAUUCGCAUUUUUCUCACUUUUUGUCUUGCGCAAAGUUUCAUACAAUCCAACACAUGUUUAAGCAAUUUAAGCAAAACAGCAUGCAUGCAUUGGUUUGCUAUCUUUUCUAUAGAGUCCCGAGAAACGUGCAGACGACGAAAAAGAAGAAGAAACUUCUUCUGUAUUUUGAGCGUGUAUACAUUGUAACGCGAAGCGUCGACAUAGCUUCGGCUGUAAGUGAAUGUUCUUUUAUUUUUUUUUUUUUUUUUUAAGUUAAUAUAUAUGUACGUAUCUAUAUGCAUGUAUAUAUAUAUACAUAUAUGUAUACAUAUAUAUAUAUGUAUAUAUACACACACACUGUAAGAGACAGAGAGAGCAGAGUAUAAAAGUGAGGGAAUGUUUGUGAGAUACGCUGCGCGUGACUAUAAUAAGGAAAACAAUUAUAAAAAGAAAAGAGAAAAAAAAACAAAUGGCCAUAAUACACAGAUCUGUAAGUGUAAUGAGUUUUCACAUAUAAUAAUUGAGUGCGAGUGAAUGUGUGUGUGCAUGUGUGUAAGGCUGCAAGUAAAGAUAGAUACAUAUACAUAUAUGUGUGUACGUGUUUGUGUGUGUGUGUACGUAUGCGUGCGAAGUGUGGAGAAAAUUUUAAUUACUAGCCUUUAAGGGGAAAAAUCUCCAGCACCUUGUAAGUUUGUAAUAACUGUAAGAUAUACCACUGAACCAUACCGACCACACAUAUGUCAGAUUAUUAUUACUCACUUUUAUUUUUGCCUAUUUUCUUGUUAUUGUUUUUUUUUUUUUUAAUAUCGUGUGUAAUUCGCUCGAUUUUAUACUUUUUUUUUUUGGUUUAUCCAUCUAUGAAGUGUAGAAAGUUACAGAGUCGCGUAAUAUAUAUACACACACAUACACAUACACACGUGUUUUAUUUGUCAAAGAUUGCUGUCGUGAUGAGUUUUCUUUUUCUUCCGUAUAAUAUGUGGCUGGGCCAUGAUUAUAUUGCGUUUGCAUACACAACAGUGGUCGGUUAAUAAGGAAUGACAGACGUUCUCGUCUUCUUCCCUAUGAUAUACGAAGAAAGCGUUCUUUUUUGCAAAGAGUUGCGGUUAAAGAGAAUAAUAUCAUAUAUAAAUGACGUGUGGUGCGGGUUUUGUUGUGGUUGGUGUGCCACGUGUGUGUGUGUGUGUGUGUGUGUGUGUGUGUGUGGUACCAACAACUCUGCGAAGAAUGAAUCGCAAUGUGAGAAGAAUGUGAAAUUUUCGUUACUCUUUUUCAAAAAACAAAAAACGUGCAAAAAAAAAGAAUAAAAAUAAUCACACAUUUCGAGUGAUGAGCAUCUCGUUCCUCUCGUCUUUUACCCGCACACUCUUCGUCGAGAAUUCUCUUUUUUCGUCGAGAUAAUACGCCUAUCUGGUAAUAAUUACGAUCGACAUACAUAUCUUUGCGAAGAGAGCGGUAUCGUGACUAACAAAAAAACAAAAACAAAAAAAACGGAGGUAUCUGUUGACAGUGCGCGAACUGUCGCGUUAAAAAAAAAAAAAAAAAAAAACCAUCGGAGAUAGUUCUCCGGUUUCAGUAAACACGUCAGUUCGGUUGGCAUUGGAAAAAGAGUGUGCGGUGACACGAGUAGCAGAUUCAUUUUUGUUUCUUGUAAACACGUAAUAAUCCAAUGUUUAUAAUCCGAAGAUGGAAUAUAAUUGAGAGAGACAGCAAAGGAGAAGGAUGUAAAUAGGAUUUAAAUCUAGCAUAGUUAUAGUGCCUAAAGUAUCGUAAAACAAUAGAUAAGUAGCGUUCCCCAUCUUUUCCUAUCUAUCUCCCCCCUCUCCUCACUCCUUCCCCAUCGCUCCCUCGCACACACGUUCCUCACACGUUUUUCACGGCCUUUUCUCUAAACCGACUACCUUCUCUCUCGUCCUCGUAUAGACCCGAAACAUUCCUCUCUAUUGUCCGACCACUAAAUCCCGUUCCACUUCCCCCGCUUCUCUCCUUUCCAUCUCCAAAAACUUGUUAUAAAAUGAAAAAUGGCCAAAAAAUAUUUUUUAUUUUUCAUACCCACUUAUAUAUAUGUAGGACACAUAAACGAUAUAUUUUUUUGAUAUGGUUGAAAAGAGACGCGGAGCUUAUAUAAUUGCGAAGGAAGAGAGGAGCUAUCCAUGUCCCUUGUUUUCUUCUUCUCCUUACAAAUUGAGUUUGAGAAUUAUUCGGGGAGAAGAUAGUGCAGACGGGGGGGAUCCGAGAUAGCUUCUCUUUUAUUUCUUGCGUUUGGUGCGAUAUCUUAUUGCUUAGUAUUAGAUGUUUUGUAAACCGAAGUAAAAUAGCUCUUCAGUUUUCGGUACGAAAGAGUGAGCGAAUGAAAGCGCGUGCGAGCAAGCGAGCGAGUGAGUGAGUAAAAAGAGAGAG